UUAUUGUGAAAUCGCCAUAGUUCCGGAUUAGUUCAAAAUUCUAUACAAAUUACAAUCUAAACGGUCGCCAUGAAACGAGGUGCUUUGAUUGUAAUUGAAGGUAUCGACAGGACCGGAAAGUCUACACAAUGUAAAGCUCUUGUGGAUAACUUACAAAAGAAACAAGUACCAGCAGAGUAUGCCAACUUCCCUGCUAGAAACACAGAGAUUGGAAAAGUUAUUAAUAGCUACUUGACAUCUUCAAAAGACUUGCCCGAUGAAGCCAUCCACCUUCUGUUCUCAGCGAACCGCUGGGAAAGAGCUCAGAGUAUAGUGGACACUCUAGAACGAGGCAUCAGUGUUGUUGUGGACAGAUACUGCUACUCUGGAGUUGCAUUUACUGCUGCAAAAGGGUUGGACAUCAACUGGUGCAAGGCUCCGGACGCCGGCCUGCCGCGCCCCGACCGCGUGUUUUUCCUCACAAUGCCUUUAGAAUGUGUUAAACAGAGGAAAGGAUUUGGUGAUGAAAGGUACGAAGUGUUGGAUUUCCAAAAGAAAGUCUCUCAAACAUAUGAGAGUCUGAAGGAAGAUAACUGGCUUGUCCUGGAUGCUAGCAGGCCUAUAGAUGUAAUUGAAAAGCAACUUCUAGAAGAAUCACUAAAUGUAGUAAACAGCAUUGAAACGAAACCUAUUGGAAAGAUAUGGAAGCAAUAAUAAAUAUCUACGCCAUUUAUAUCAAGAGUAUGAAAUACCAAUGUUA